AUAAAAAAUAGGAGAAAAAUAAAACUACAAACUUUGCUGCUUGUAAGCUUAAUAAAGAAUACAAUUUAUAAUAAAAAGUAUGGAAAGAUCAUUUCCAUUGUAUUGAGUUAAAUAGCCCAUUGUUGGCCAGUGAAUUACCAAUUAUUUGUUUGAGAUUUUCAUUCUGUAUAAAUUCUACAAGCAGUAAAGUUUGUGAACUGAGCAUUAGUGAAGAGGAAAAGGAGGAGAUUAGCAGUCUGUAGACAACGCUAGUGCAUUUAUCUAUUUCAGCUAAUGUGGUCUCACAGGGCUCACACAUGGCCUCGGUGUGUCUAAGGUUGUGUGUGUGUGUGUGUGUGUGUGUGUGUGUGUGUGUGUGUGUGUGUGUGUGUGUGUGUGUGUGUGUGUGUGUGUGUGUGAGCCACUAAGAAACAGAUGCUGCAUGAGAGAUAUUCUAAGGUCUUUGGCUCUUUGGCACUUCAGACUGGAUACUGUCUUACAAGGUCUUUAAAAGAAAAAGGAAUUAGUCAUCUACAGGAACCAUGUUCUUUUAAUUAGCCCUCAGUAUGAUAAUACAAAUGCUUAUAUGGAUUCGAGAGCUGAGUGCUGAUAUUAGUGGAGACUGACACGUCUGUGUUAAAGCAUCUGUUCACUAGCAGGAUGGGUUGCAUUUGCAGUGGUGAGAAGAAACAUAAAGAUAGAUACCACGUAAAUAACAAUUCAGCAGCCGCCAAUAUCCUCCAUGGAAGAACACACAGUGGGAUAAACGAUGACGAUAUUGUCAUUGCGCAACACGAUUUCAACUCAACCAAUGAUAACGACCUUGCAUUCAAGAAAGGAGAAAAACUCAAAAUCAUACAAGAAAAUGGGGACUGGUGGCUCGCUAAAUCUCUGGUUACUGGAAAUGAGGGAUAUGUUCCAUGUACGUAUGUUGCCCGAGCCCACACGCUGGAGGUUGAAAGAUGGUUUUUCAAAAAUUUGAGCCGCAGAGAUACAGAACGUCUACUGUUAGCCCCAGGCAACAGGCUCGGCUCAUUUCUCGUCAGAGAGAGUGAGACAACUCCAGGAGCUUUCUCCCUGUCUAUAAGAGACCUGGCACCAGAGCAUGGUGAUGUGGUCAAGCACUAUAAGAUCCGUACACUUGAUAAUGGCGGAUUCUACAUAUCCCCCUCCCUGACUUUCUCAUCUCUGCAAGAACUGAUACAGCACUACGCAAGAUCAGCAGAUGGCCUGUGUCAGAGACUGGGAAACCCCUGUAGGUCUGCAGCUCCUCAGACGCCAUGGGCUCAGGAUGAGUGGGAAAUCCCAAGGGAAACAUUAAAGAUGGAAAAGAAGCUGGGUGCUGGGCAAUUUGGAGAGGUUUGGAUGGGGUACUAUAAAAACAACAAAAAGGUGGCCAUUAAAACUCUUAAGCAGGGCAGUAUGGAGCCAGAGGCCUUCCUGCAGGAGGCUAAUCUUAUGAAGAAGCUACAGCAUGACAGACUUGUUAAACUACAUGCUGUGGUCACAAAGGAACCCAUCCUCAUAGUCACAGAGUUCAUGUUAAAUGGGAGCCUUUUAGACUUUCUGAAAACCGAGGAUGGAAGAAAAUUAAAACUGCCGAAGUUGAUAGAUAUGACAGCUCAGAUUGCAGAGGGUAUGGCCUUUAUAGAAAGAAAAAACUACAUUCACAGAGACCUUCGUGCUGCCAAUAUAUUGGUGUCAGAAACCCUGCACUGCAAAAUAGCUGACUUUGGCCUGGCCAGAAUUAUAGAGACUGAGUACACGGCACAUGAAGGUGCAAAGUUUCCAAUUAAGUGGACAGCUCCAGAAGCAAUAAAUUUUGGUACAUUCAGCAUCAAGUCAGAUGUUUGGUCCUUUGGCAUUCUCAUGACUGAGGUAGUAACCUAUGGAAGGGUGCCUUAUCCAGGAAUGACGAAUCCGGAGGUGAUCCGUAACCUGGACAAGAAGUAUAGAAUGCCGUGUCCAGAUGACUGUCCUCAAGAACUCUAUGAAAUAAUGUUGGAAUGUUGGCGAGAAAAUGCUGAGGAGAGACCCACUUUUGAGUACCUGCAAGGCACACUCAAUGACUUCUACAUUGCCACUGAGGGCCAGUAUGAGAUGCAGCCUUAACCUUCACCUCCACAUUCACUCCAAACUAACAAAUGGUGAGGAUACAAGGACACAAGGAGUAUAAAUAAAAGAUGUGACGUGAUGGACACUUUCUGCAACUGGCCUAAUCCAUUACUCCAAUCGUGACUUUCUGGUGACAAUGGUUGACAUCAAUCCUGCAUUUCAACUAAUUAUGGAGUGGAAAUUAUGGAGCCAUUUGGAGUUUAUUUUCUUGCAUUUUACAUAAUCUCUGAACCAGUAUAAACUAUUUUAAAAUAUAAUGGAUAAUAUGUUAAUUCUGUUCAGGAAAGCCUCACUUCUUUAAUGACUCUAGCCUUGGGACAAUUUCCAUGUAUUGCAAACACAAUGUGACAUCGUGUUUGCACUUUUUGCAAAGUUUGGGUCAAUGGUGCCUCUGACUUGCUAACAUGGCCACCGAUCUUUUUUUUUUUUUUUUUUUUUUAAAUUGUUUAGAAAAGUUUUAUUAUAUUUUACAUCAGCCCAGUCUCACGGCAUUUUGUGUUAUAGUCACAAAAUGUAAUCUAUUGAUUCUUUUUCCCUGUCACUGAAGACGACUUUCUUUGUAAUGUAUUUCAAUGAGAAGUAUUUUUGGUGCCUCUGCCAAAGUUUUCUUUCUGCCGCUGGAUACCACAGACGCCGUAUUGUAUUUUUUGUUUGUUAUUGAUUUUUUUAAUCUUCAAGCACUAUUACUCAUUUAACAUUUAAGCAGGAGAUUUUAUCCUUGUUUUUAUUGCUUUAUAUUCUGUAAGCUAUUUGCUAUUAUAAACCAUUGUCAGUGGUUCCUUCCAGUCAAAAUACAGUAAAUAUACUCUCCUGGUUAAUUAAAGAAACUGCGUUAAUCAGAGACACACGUUUAUUACAGUAUAACCCUUACAUAUGUUCUGCCUUAUUCUCUGAUAAAAAUGAGGUACAAUUAUUACUAGGUAUUUCUGUCAGCAUUACCCAUGAUACACUCCGUUGCUAUGGAGAUGGAUCCAGACAGAGGUAGUCAUGCUGAACACGAAUCAAUAGAUGAACGUUUGUGACUAUAUCACAAAAUACCAUGAGAUUGUGUUGUUUAUAUGCAUGUAUACUGUACAUUUAUUUUUCUAUAAUUUUGUUUCUCAAUGUUUUCAAGUUGAUUGCAUUUAAAUGUAUACUUAUACCAAAACAGAAAAAUUAAUUCAUUUUCUGAUUAUUUUUUAUAUAACAUUACACUUUAUAUGUAAUAUAUAAAAACCAUAAGAGCCACUGACAGUGUUAUAGGCAUGUACACCCAUGGACCAUUAUAUUAGAAACAACUGUACACCUAGUCAUAUAUUUUAUUUAUUAGGAACAACUGUGCACCUAGUCAUUUACUUUAUUUAUUUUUCAAUCAUGUUUCAAUCAAAGCAAUACAUAAAAUAAUGCAUAUAUGUUCCAGCAGUUUGGGUUUUUUCAUAAUGGGACAAAUGUGAUCAGUGAUCUGAUGGUCUCAGAAUGUUUCCAACAUUAUGUGGAAUCAAUGACUUAAAGAAUUCAAGCUGUUUUGAAAGCAAAGGGAGACUUACUAUUAGUGGUGUGUAAUAAUAGUAGUGGUAGUCUAUUACUGUAAGUGCUUCCGCCUUUGUAAAACAUUAUUAUUAUUAUUAUUAUUAUUAUUAUUAUUAUUAUUAUUAUUAUUAUUAUUAAUAUUGUUAUUAUUAUCUUUGUAAAGGCUUGAUUGAAUAGUUGACUACUUUGGGGUCCAGAUAGAGAGAGAGACUCCAGUCUCACAUGCAGUGUUCAAAUUUGUGUUUAAGACACACCUAAAGCACUCCUCCCUUCUGUCUCGUGAAGUUUCCCAUGAGGCUGAGACAUGUUUGUAGAUAAGGAAUGAAAAUGACACCAAUUCCCCAGAGCUGGUCCUUAGAUUUCCUGCUUAACGGAAACAGGAAGCUAUGAGUAAGCAUUCCUCUCAUGCCACUGCAAGAGAACACAUUCGCAGGCCAAUGAUAAGAGCUGCUUGGCUUGGAAUUUCAAACAGAACUGCUGUAAUAUGGCUUUACUUUGCACUUGGCAAAACUUGUCAUGCACAUCAAAAAACAUAUUUCUUGAACCUGAAAUGUGUAUAUGAGCCAUGAAUAUACUGCUCAGACACUGGGAGUUUAUCAUGAAGGUACUGUUCUUGAUGUGACUUGGAGUACGAGUGUGUGAAUAUGAGUGGUUGUGUAACUAAGCAACUAGCACAUACUCAGGCAAUAUUUCUAUGCCAGCUCUGCACUGUAUGUGGAUUCAAGAAUUAUACAUUUAAGAAAAGUAAAAAAAAAAAAAACAUUUCAACAAAAAUUGUGAUAAAGUCAAAUACUUUUCUGAUGUCAUGACUGAAAGUGGACAUAUUUAAUUUAGGUUCAACAAAGAACAUUUGAAGCAACAAAUUUAUUAUUUUUUGCAUAAACAUUCCAUCACCAUGUUUCUGUGUGUUUGCAUAUAUUUGGUGGGUUUUCCUGAUCAGUGCUUAUAACUUAAUAAAUGACCAAUUUAAACAGCU